UGCCUUCCUUCCUUCCUCCAGCCCGUAAAGAUGGACCCGCGGUGCCUCUAACAAAAGACCCCGCCAGGCACCCAGCUUUCGCCUCUCCUGCCGUCGCCGCCUCGGCCGCCGCUGCUGUUUCUCUUCCAGCUCCUGCUUGAUCGGGGUUUGCACGUCUGCCGGGGAAGUGGGGGUGCUUGGCGCGUCUGCGUCCCAGGGAUCCCCUUUUGUCUCCGACCGCAGCGCCCCCACCCUCGCCCCCAUGCCUUGCUGAGACGCUGCGAAGCCCACCCGGGGGGGCGGGUGGGGGAAGGACCCCCUUCCGCACCAUGGGCGCCCCCACCUUCCCCCCCGCUGCCAUAGAGGGGCCGGCCCAUCACUAGGACCCUUCUUGGGCUGAGGAUUGGGUCUCUUUGCCUGCCUGGGGAAGAAAAGUUGAGAGCACCCCAAGAUCUGUCUCUCAAAGCACCUUUGGGUCUCCCUUUGCACCCUGUUUAUUCUCUCCCCCACUUUGCAGAUCCUGAACCCCUAAACUUCACCUCCACAGUUAUCCAGGCAUCCUUCUUCCAAUCUGUUGCCCCUCUUGUUGUGGGUGGUGUUUUUUUUUUUCAUACCUCCAGAUUUGAUCACAGCUUCCUGUAGCCUAAUAGGGCUGGUUGCCAAGAUAGCUGCUUUCCCUGCACCCCCCUUUUUUAUUGGGAAAGCCCCCUCCUUUUGUUUGUUGAGAAACUUUCCCCAAAGGGCACCUGUGAGUUAAGGCUGUGUGGUUCAGAUGGCAGCUCUUCUUGCAUAGUUCCACCACAUCCUCAUUUGAGGUUUUCCAUCCUGUUGGAAGGGGAUAUUUUUGCAACCUUGGGCCUUUUGGGUCACAGAAACCCUUCUAAUAUUUUGUAGUGAGCGCCCCCACCCAGCAUUUUCACACCUCGCUAGAAAGGCAAUAGACCUCAUUUUCCAAUUCGUGAAGUGCUCUUCCCAAACUUCCAUUUAUCUAGAGAGUGCCUCCCUUGCGCCUCAGCCUCUAAUUGUAGCUUGCAUUUCCUGACCUGUGGAUAAGAUUCCCCAAUUUUUUUAGGCCUCUUGAUAUUUCAGUAGAGCCUGGGAUUUCCAUCCAUAUCUUGGUUAUGUGGUGAGAUAAAAUCUCAGUGCUUUGUUCUCUAUUCAAUAUUUUUUUUAAAUUAACGUAAUCCCAGAAACCCUGUUUAAAUGUCUUGUGGUUCCACAAAGCUCACCUAUUAAGAGAAAGAUGUUAUACAACAUUUCUGCUCUUUUCCUAUAGAUUUUCGAGCCUUCACAUCUAUUCUUUAGUCAUUCUCUUUUUGUUUAAUGUAAGUACAAUAUUCCAAUUUUUUCUGUGCAUUCUGUCAAAAACGCACCUUCUUAGAAAUCAUUCACUGAUGUCUCCCACAUCAGAGAUUUGGUUAGAGAACUGAUGGUCAUCAGUUGCUCUGUCACCCCCACUUUCAGACAAGGUGUACACAAUCCCUAAAAAAAACCACCAUAUCAGACUAUCCCAAAAUAUAAUUUACUCUGCUAUAAAUUUAAAAUAAGCCAAGAUACCUCUUUUCUUUUUAAGAUUUUUUUAAAAACCUUAAGGGAAAAAAAUAUUACUGUACUCGUAUAAAGACACUCCUUUGCUGGAGCACACAAUUUUGCAUGCGUUUAUUUUGCUGGUGAGAUUUGCCCUAAUAAGCCAGGUAUUUUCCGCUGAAUAUUUCUCAAAUCUCACUUUUGCAAACCACAACUGAUUUGAAUUCCAGAGGGCUGUUUUGCUCCUCUUGCAGUCUUGUCCAAAAUCAGUGUCUCUUCCACCCACCUAAUUUGUCUGAUGGCUUUCCAAGACCCCAACCAUCCACUUCAAGCUCAGCUUUGUAGCAAUGUUUUUGGGGCAUUGACGGGGUUAAUCCAGCCACCUUUAGCUGCUGGGCUAGGUGGGGGCCAGAAAUAUUAUUGCAAUAAUGGGGUACAGAUAGGUCCCCCCCAGCAACAGCAGACAACGCUUGGCAAUGCGAUGAUGGUGGACCCAGAACCAGAUCGACCCAUCGGUUAUGGUGCUUUUGGUGUGGUAUGGUCUGUGACAGAUCCUCGGGAUGGGUCGCGAGUUGCACUCAAAAAGAUGCCCAAUGUUUUCCAGAACUUGGUCUCUUGCAAACGGGUCUUCAGAGAAUUGAGAAUGCUCUGUUACUUCAAGCAUGACAAUGUCCUCUCAGCACUGGAUAUCCUCCAACCUCCACAAAUUGACUGUUUUGAGGAAAUUUAUGUUAUCACUGAAUUGAUGCAAAGUGACCUUCACAAAGUAAUCGUUUCUCCACAACCGCUCAGUUCCGAUCAUAUCAAGGUCUUUUUGUAUCAGAUCCUCAGGGGGCUAAAAUAUUUGCACUCUGCUGGUGUCCUUCAUCGGGACAUCAAGCCUGGGAAUCUGCUGGUCAAUAGCAACUGUGUCCUCAAGAUCUGCGAUUUUGGUUUGGCCCGGGUAGAGGAACCAGAUGAGUCCCAGCACAUGACUCAAGAGGUGGUUACCCAAUAUUACCGGGCUCCUGAAAUCCUGAUGGGCAGCAGGCAUUAUGGACGUCCAAUUGAUAUUUGGUCCGUGGGCUGCAUUUUCGCCGAACUCCUCGGCAGGCGCAUCCUCUUUCAGUCCCAGAGCCCAAUUCAGCAGUUGGACCUGAUUACGGAUCUCCUGGGGACUCCUCCCGUGGCUGCUCUCCGUUCGGCCUGCGAGGGGGCCCGUGCCCAUAUCCUGCGUGGCAGUCACAAGCCGCCAUCGUUGUCUGUCCUUUACAUGCUCUCUGGAGAAGCAACCCACGAAGCUGUGCAUUUGCUCUGCCGGAUGUUGGUCUUUGAUCCAGCCAAGCGGAUCUCUGCCAAGGAUGCCCUUUCUCAUCCUUACUUAGAUGAGGGGCGACUGAGAUAUCACACCUGUAUGUGCACUUGCUGCUUUUCGGUCUCCUCCGGCCGCAUUUAUACUAGUGACUUUGAACCCCGGGCCGACCCCAAAUUUGAUGGCUCUUACGAAAAGAACCUCGCUUCUGUCUGGCAGGUCAAAGAACUGGUGCACAGGUUUAUCUUGGAGCAGCAGCAUGGGAAACGGGUCCCCCUUUGUAUCAACCCCCAGUCAGCUGCCUUCAAAACCUUCAUCCGCUCCACCGCAUGGCAUUCUUCCAAGGUGUCCAAAAAAGAAGAGAGAUGAAGCUGCUUCUUGGAUGGCCAUGACGGAAGAAGAAAAGAAAGACAGCAGUAGAUGGACAGAAGACGCAAGGGGGUUGGCAUUGCUGCUGGCAGCUGAGAGAGGAAAAGGAGGCAGAGGCGCUGCUCUUCACCUUGCACUCUUGAAUAUUUUGACUCACAGACAGAUGCAUUUGGGAAAGAGGGAGGGAGAGAAAUGUCUGGGUCAUUAUUACUGAUAUUUGGAAGUGGACAAAUUGGGGAAGGGAUUCCCUACCACCACCACUGGUGGAUGUGUUUUCCUUUCCUGUGUUCCUGUACUGCACUGGAAAACUUUGGGUUGUAGGCAUUGUCUUUGUGAAUUCUUUCCCUUCCUCCCCGGCUCUGCACCAAUAUUUUCCUCUCCUUAUACAUAUGGGGUCCUAUCUGGCUUCCUCCGAAAAAGGGGUGGCCAGGUUGGAAUGAAAAGAAGCUUAUUCUUGAAAUGAGAGGUGCCUGUUCUUUCUGUUUCAAAGAAUCUCCCCCCUACACAAAGACUCUGUGUUUCUCAGCCGUGUCUACUUAGCAUGGCUGGCUAAGGAAUUCUGACAGUUGAAUUCCAACCAUUUUAAAGUGAACAAGGUUAAGAAACACUGCCUUAGACUAAGGAUAGAUGAGGUUUUCCCCCCAAAUCCCCUUCCCCUUGAAAGAUUUCUUAAAUAGCGAUUGGCGGUAGAAAUAAAUAAGGCUCAAUUUUCCAAAUCUACCACAUUUCUUGCAACCAGGGACUGCAUUUUUGAGUCCUUGUCUUUGGUCUCCGGGAGCUGCUGGGAAACCAUGUGGUGUCCUUAAACCUGUCUUACACAGGUUAAAAAAAAAAACCCCACACAACGUAUUUGGGAUAAGAUGCUAAAUAUUUCUUUGGUGUGUACUUUUGGCCUACCUGCUUUCCAGGUUUUCCCUUGUUCCCAGCAUGGACACCUUCUAAGUAGUUGGAGGCCCUGACGCAUUUCUGCUGUAUUUUCAGAAAGUGCUUCUUUUCUUUAAAAAAUACAUGGCGUUUUCAGAAAAAUUGAGGUUUUGGCCUUGAUGAUGGAUGUGGAAUGCUUGUUAUGUUCACCCUCAUCCCUCUUAUCUUUCCUGCCUGCAGCCAGCUCAACCUCCUUCCUUGAUUCAAUGUAUUCCUCCAUUAAUUUCACUACCACCUCCUUCAAAAAAUCUACCUCUUUUCUCCUAGUGGGUGUCACGUGUGCAUGUGUUUGGGAUAUUUGUGUUAUUAAUUUUGUAUUUUUAUUUUGUUGGUGGUUGAUUAUUUCUUUACUUGGCUGGUGUUUCAUCUCUUUUUGUCAAUGACCCAUUAUUAAUUUAUGAUCAGAGCAGUUUAUAUACUAGUUUAAAUCCCGAAUGUGUGCAUAUAUUUCUUCCUUGUGUCUGG